AGAGAUUGACGAGGUGUGGUGUGGUGUGGUGUGGUGUGGUUCGGUGGCUGGCAAGAUGGCGAGAUGGCUAUUACACUACACUAAAUUGAGUUGGGAGUGCCAGUUUGGUGUUUGGCUGGCUACUAUGGGUUCGGUAUUCACAUGUCCGCCCGAAUCUGAUGGUGUGAAAUGUAAAAGCCCAAGCAACAAUUGCCGGCAAGGAAGCCGAGGAGGCGUCGUGAUGACCGAGCAUGGACCUGCACCGAUGCCGGCCGAGCUUCGGAAAGGUAUUUAUAAGAUACGAGGCACGACGCAGGAUGAAAGCAAGGUUACGAUACAUGUAUGGUAGUAGUGUAGAUUGCCCCGGCGUCCUUUCUGUCCCCGUCUCUGAGUCCCCUCGACUUCAGUUCCAUCAUGGUGUUGAGUAAUGAGGGACUUGGAAGAAGAAGAAGAAGAAGAUCGUCGGCUGGAUCAUCCCAUCGAUCGAUGCAAAAACAGGUACCGAGCUGGAUUAAUCAGAUCUGCGCGCAGCAGUUAUGACAUGACCGAUUCAGAUAUUCCGACUGUGUUCCUCAAUCCCAAUUCAACUGUGUGGGGAGCCUUUUAGCCAAUGACGGAG